AAAGAAAAAAGGAAAAAAAAGCGCAAAAAGAUGAGUAGAGCGAUAUGCAAAUCCAUACUAUUGCCUUCUCUCACUUCCACUCACCUCCGGGCCGCGCCGCUCCGAUCCGCCGCGUCGAGGUCGUCUCGAAUGGCCGCCGAAGAUUCUUCUUCAUCAUCGUCCUCCUCUUCUUCUCCUUCACCUUCCUCAGCUAUCGAUUUCCUCACUCUGUGUCAUCGUCUGAAGUGUUGUGAAGGAUAUCUUUCAUUGGAUACUGGUGUUGGAUUUUUAGCUGCUGCAACUAAGAGAGCCGGAUGGGUGCGAAGAGGGGUUAAAGAACCGGAGUCAAUAGCUGAUCACAUGUAUCGGAUGGGAUUAAUGGCUCUUAUAGCUUCCGACAUUCCUGGUGUAAACCGUGAAAAGUGUAUGAAGAUUGCCAUUGUGCAUGACAUUGCUGAAGCUAUUGUUGGAGACAUCACUCCUUCUGAUGGGAUCCCAAAAGAAGAAAAGAGCAGACGUGAACAAGAAGCAUUAAAAAACAUGUGUGAAUUGCUUGGUGGAGGGGAACGAGCUGAGGAGAUCCGUGAUUUGUGGAUGGAGUAUGAAGAUAAUUCUUCAAUGGAAGCUAAACUUGUAAAAGACUUUGACAAGGUGGAGAUGAUACUUCAAGCCUUAGAAUAUGAAAAUGAUUUAGAUAGGAAAUUUGCGAUUCCUGUAAUCAACAGUUAA